GCCUUCAGCCCCCCCCGUUGUGUCCCCCGUUGUGCUCUCAGGACUCGCUGGGACUCGGACUCCGCACCUGUUACCGCUACCUCAACCAGACCAGCCGUAGCUUCGCCGCCGUCAUCCAGGCGCUGGAUGGAGAGCUGCGGCAUGCUGUCUGUAUAUUUUACCUAGUUCUCCGUGCUCUGGACACCAUAGAGGACGACAUGACCAUCAGCUUAGACGUAAAGGUCCCGAUGCUGAUUGAGUUUCACUCUUAUCUCUAUCAACCAGAGUGGAAAUACAUGGAAAGCAAGGAGAAGCACCGGCAGGUGCUGGAGGACUUCCCAACGAUCUCCAUGGAGUUUAGGAACCUGGCAAAGGUCUACCAGGAUGUGAUUUCUGAUAUUUGUCACAAGAUGGGUGUUGGGAUGGCGGAGUUCUUGGAAAAGAAGGUGGAUUCUCAGAGUGAAUGGGAUCGGUAUUGCCACUAUGUUGCUGGGCUGGUGGGGAUAGGCCUUUCCCGACUCUUCUCCGCAUCAGAGCUAGAAGAUCCUAUUGUAGGACAGGACACAGAGCUGGCAAACUCCAUGGGCCUCUUCCUGCAAAAAACCAACAUCAUACGUGACUAUCUAGAAGACCAGCUGGAAGGAAGGGAGUUCUGGCCCAGAGAGGUUUGGAGCAGAUACACGAAGAAGCUCUCUGACCUUACCAAGCCAGAGAACAUAGAUAUGGCUGUCCAGUGUCUGAAUGAGCUCAUCACCAAUGCUCUCCGCCAUGUACCUGAUGUCCUCACUUACUUGUCUCGCCUGAAAAACCAAAGUGUCUUCAACUUCUGUGCUAUCCCCCAGGUGAUGGCUAUUGCCACUCUUGCUGCCUGCUAUAAUAACAAGCAGGUGUUCAGAGGGGUAGUGAAGAUCCGGAAGGGACAAGCUGUCACUCUGAUGAUGGAUGCCACAAACAUGCAAUCUGUCAAAGCCAUCAUGUACCAGUAUGUGGAAGAGAUCUACCAGAAGAUCCCCAGCACGGAUCCUUCAUCCAACAAGACACAGCAGAUCAUCGCCUCCAUCCGUGCCCUGAGCCUGCCCAGCGGCCCCAUGGCCUCACGCCAUCACUAUUCCCCCAUUUACUUGUCCUGUGCCAUGCUCCUGGCUGCCCUGAGCUGGCAGUAUCUCAGCACCAUCUCCAAGGCCACUGAAGAGUACGUCCAGGCAGGUGAGAACUGAAGAGCAGGCAGGUGGCAGGAGCGAGAUGGUCAGUAGAUGGGCAGCAGAGGCUCCUUGUCCCCUGGUGGUGGGGAUGGCCGGGUGCCACCAGGUCCAUGGGCAGUGAUGAGGAUGGGAUGCUGGUGGGUUGGAGCAUCAGGGCGAUGGUGUGGCAUUGUCAGACCCCGCUCCUCCCCUCUCCUUCUGUCUGCACAGAUGGUUACAAAUGCCAGUUGGAGUCUUAACUGUUUGGGGUUGAAUUUUUUUUUCCUCCUUUCCUGUUGGGACAGUUUACCUGAUUAUCAUUAUUACUAUUCUUACUUUGGUUAGGAUGGUUUAAAUAGAAACUUCAAUUGCCUCUUUUCUUGCUUGAGAUUUGAGACCCCUUUCCAGCUCAGAACUGGGAUGGGAGCCUUUGGGUUUUGCCUCCCUUACAUAACCCCUUUCCCACCACUUCAACACUGGAAGCAUACGGAGGGCUCUGGCUUCAGCAAGGAGGGACAAGUCUUAAAAGGUCUGGCCAUCUUCUGGCCACCAAUCCAGGCUGGGUGACAUCCUGCAGCCUGGAAAUGGGCAGGGGUAAUCUUCACUUUUGUGUUGUACUGGAAGAGGCUGCUAGGCUUGAAACAAGCCCUUUUGUUGUUCAGUAUGUCGGAGAUGUUAACAUGCAUCCCGCUGAAAACCAUCUGUUGCAUCUCCUUCAAGCACUGCAUGUGGAGUUGUAGAGCUUUUAGCAGCUGAGGGGUGGUGAAAGGAAGGGGGAAGGAGGUGCCACCUACCCUCUGCUGCAAGGUCUGGGCUCUGCAUUUCUUCAGCCAAAGGGGAUGGGUGGCCUGGGCAAGCUUCCCCGGCCCAGGGAUGCAGCUGGGGAUGCUUAGGGUUCUGCUGACACAUGAACUGGAAGAGUUCUCCACUGCUCCUUUGAAAACACAUCAGCCUGGACUUUGAGUGGGCCACGUUUCUAAUGUGAACAACCAGGGCUGAGAAGAGGAGACAACUAUUUCAAGUCUCGUUUUCCUGGGGUGUAAUUGUUUUCAGCGUCCCUAAUCCUCCACUGCUGCUUUGUGUGAUGGGGGGACAGCCUGGUACAGAUCAGAGCAAAAUCUACCAGGUAGUUCAGUGGCCUUUGCAAGGCCAAGCCUGUGUGGCCAGACUGUUACUUGGAGGGAGGAUCCCUACUCUACAAGGACUGCUAUAGAUAGUUUUAAGCUGUUGUUCAAAAGAACUUGUGGUAGCUCCCUUUGUGCAGCUUCCUGUCUUGUUGAAAUUAAAGUUUUCUUUGGAAAGAAAAAA